AUGAAAGACACAAAUCCUAUCGGGAAGGAGUCAAUAAAAUGGAAUCCAUUAUGGCUUUUGGGGAUUUCCUUGGGUUCCAUAACCAGUUUUGAUGAGUUCGCCAAAUUGUUUAUUAAUCAUUUUGCAGCAUCCAAAAUCUAUGUGCGAGACUCAGACUAUAUUAGCACGAUCAAGCAAGGACAGCACGAGAACUUGAAAGACUAUAUGACACGCUUCACAAUAGCAGCCAUGGAAAUUCCCGACCUCAAUCCAGAAGUGCAAUUGCACGCCAUCAAGAGCGGUCUUCGACCUAAAAAAUUUCAGGAAGCUAUCGCUGUGGCAAAACCGAAGACAUUGGAGGAAUCUCAGGAUAAAGCGACCGAACAGAUCGAAAUAGAAGAGCUACGCGAAAUUCGGAGGAAUGAGAGACCAUCAUUCAGAAAGGAAGAAGACAAGUCUUAUAACAAGGAUUCCAAGAAACCCUUUAAGCUAACUCCGAAGUUUGAUUCAUACACCAGGUUCAAUACCAAAAGGGAAGACAUCAUUAAAGAAAUAUUACACAACAAGCUAAUAAAGCCACCGAGCAGAGCCGGUUCAUACCAAGACCAGAGGUACGUCGACAAGUCAAAACACUGCGCCUUCCACCAAAAGUUCGGCCACACAACUGACGAAUGCGUGAUCGUCAAAGACCUACUAGAAAGGUUGGCCAGACAGGGACACCUAGACAAAUACAUAAGUGGCAGGAUAAGACCAGUUACGCAGAACACAAGCGACCGGCAACAAGAGCAAACUCCAAAUACCUCAGACAAAACCAGAUUUCAACCUCCACUGACAAGAGGAGUUAUCAAUUGCAUCUCUGAGGGAUUCGUGAGUGGUGGACAGACAAGCUCGGCGCGAAAGCGUAGUUACCGAGCAAUGCUAAUGGUCCAACAGACAGACGAGACCACCAUUCGCAAACCACAUACAUCCCAGAUAUCUUUUGAACAGUCCGACUACCAAGCAAGAGCCACCAACCUAGAUGAUCAUGUAGUCAUUUCCAUCCAGGCGAGAGAUCUCCUGGUGAAGAAAGUUCUACUUGACCCCAGCAGCAGCGCGGACGUCUUCUUUUACUCUACUUUCAGGAAAAUGAAACUUAGUGAGCACACAAUACUACCAUCCUUGGGGGAGCUAGUCAGAUUCUCAGGGGAACGAAUAUCUAUCCUCAGCAGCAUAUGGCUAAAAAUAACCAUGGGCGACCACCCCUUGAGUGAAACAAAGGACGUGCAGUUCCUAGUUGUCGACUACACUAGCCCUUACAAUAUCAUCAUUGGUAGACCUUUUUUAAAUUCCUUCGGUACUAUUGUAUCCACUAUCCAUCUAUGUGUCAAGUUUCAGGUACAAGACGACCAGAUAGCCAUUAUACAUUCUUACCAGAUCGAAGCUCGACAAUGCUACAAUGAAAGCUUGAAAAUAAGAUCAGAAACCAACCAGAAGGACGAGCUAGAGAAGGAACCUAUGAUGUGGCAAAUAUCUCGAACACUGCCGAUCUUGAUCCAAGAGGAGAUCUCCACGACAGGCCUGCACCAACAGAUGACCUUGAAAAGGUGCUACUUAUCAACGACUGAUGGACAAGGUCUUCAGUAA